AUGUCCAAGAGAUUAGGCGAACUUGUAGUUAUAGCCAUCAAGGCACGCAACUUAAGCACUCGUGAAAUGAUUGGUAAAGCCGAUCCCUUUGUUACUUUUCGCAUAGGAGAUAUAUCUAGAAGAAUUAAAGCAGAUAAACGGGGUGGGCAACAUCCGAAUUGGGAUGAAGAAGUGCGUUUCCAAAUUACGGACGAAUUAAGCAAUAAGAAAAUGAAGGUUCAAGUAUACAAUGAGGAUGCACGAGAGCAUGAGCUUGUUGGUGAAACAACAAUUGAAUUGAAGGAGGUAUUGGAGAAAGGAGAAAUGGAUGACUGGUUCGAAAUUAAAUUUCGUAACAAGCCCGCCGGUGAAGUUUACCUUGAGAUGACAUUUUAUAACACAGCCGAACCGCCUCCAGCACCUAUUCGUCAACAAGUUCCUCCUAUGAAUCAGACGGUUGCUCCGCCUCGAACCCAAACUCCACCGUACAGUUAUCCUCCCACAAACAAUCAAUAUAUACCUUCUGUACCAAACAACGCACCAACAUCUUCACCAGCAUCUUAUCCUUCAAAUGCCUACCCUCCCAAUGACAAUAUCCCAGGACGAGUUUUAUCUCCUCCUCUACAUAACUCACCACUUCCACAUUAUGCAGCACCCCAAUCGCAAACGACGGCACCUUAUCCGCAAAAUAAUUCAACACCAUAUCCACCGGUUUCGCAAGUUAAUCCUUUGUCCACAUCUUCCCAAGGAACAGUGUCAUUUCCGGUACCAGUUCCUACACCGAAUCAUGUUCCUUCGGUAGGAGGGUAUCCACCAUUUAACGGAUAUCCACCAGUUCCGGAUUAUAAUUCUACUUCGUCACCCCCUUCAAUAGGUGAUUGCGGCGUGUACAAACAAUUGCCUUAUCCACCUAAUAACAACAAUGUUUAUCCACCGACUAGCAAUCCUAAUUUUUAUCCACCGACUAGCAAUCCUAAUUUUUAUCCACCCACGAGUAAUCCCAAUUUUUAUCCACCCGCCAACAAUGCUAAUUUUUAUCCACCCAAUAUUUACCCACCCCCCAAUGAUCCUAACAUUUAUUCUCCCCCUAACACCUAUCCACCUCCUAACAACAAUAAUAACUACCCGCCCACUAGCGGACAGGGAUAUCAUCCUUAUUAA